CCGACCCAAGCUUGGACAGCUCAGUAUUGCCGGGCCAUCAUUACUCCAGUAAGCUGUUGGCGCAACGUUGGGAACGCUAUGGAGGCGUCUUCUUUUUUAUUAUUCCCUGCCGGUUUUUACUAUUGGGUCGGAGUGUUGGUAGUCGGCUACCACUCUUACAGUCUGAUGUCUAACUUGAUGCGUGCCUUCCGCGUGUGGCUGCUGGACAACUCGGCUACACUGGAGCCCUACCUGAACACCUGGGCAGUUGUCACAGGAGCCACAGAUGGAAUUGGAAAGGCUUAUGCACAAGCGUUAGCAAAAAGAGGAAUGAAAGUGGUUCUUAUCAGCAGAUCUCAAGAAAAACUGGAUAAAACUGCCAGUGAAAUAGAGGACAAAUUCAAGGUGGAAACAAAAACAAUUGCUGCUGACUUUGAAAACCGAGAUACAAUUUACAACAAAAUAAAAGCAGGCUUGGAAGGCCUUGAAAUUGGUAUCUUAGUGAACAACGUGGGUGCUUCAUAUGAUUAUCCUGAAUAUUUCCUUGAGAUUCCAGAUUUAGAUAGACAAAUUGACAAGAUUAUAAAUAUUAAUGUCCUAGCUAUGUGCAAGAUGACACAAUUGGUGCUUCCUCGCAUGGUGGAAAGGUCCAAGGGAAUCAUAAUUAAUGUCACCUCUAUGUCUGCAAUAGCAAACGUUCCGUUUUUAACUCUUUAUUCAGCAAGCAAGGUUUUUGGAGAUUUCUUUUCUCAAGCCCUCAGCGAGGAAUACAAAAGCAAAGGUGUCCUCGUGCAGACUGUUCAACCAUAUUUUGUCGUGACAAAAAUGUCUAAACUUCGUAGAGCAAAUAUAUAUAGACCCACUCCUGAACAAUAUGUAAAAUAUUCCCUCAAUACACUUGGUCGGGAAAUGGUAACUUGUGGAUAUCCAUCUCAUGCUUUUUUGAAAUGGUUUGCAUCAAAACUGAUGCCUGAGUGGUAUGUCAAAAAAACUGUCACAGAAACAGCCUUAAAAUCAAGAGCUUACCAUUUAAAGAAACUAAAGGAAAACUAAGCUACAUUGCCUUGGCAAGAACCCUGGUAUUUUUAAAAUCUACUUUGAAGCAUCAAAUACUUUGUCCUAUGUUAUAAUUUUUUAUGGGAUACCUCGGUGGUGAAAUCCAAAUUUUUUUACUACCAGUUCUGUGGGCAUGCCUUGGUAGGCGUGGUGUGGCUUGGUGAGUGUGGCAGGGGAAGGAUACUGCAAAAUCUCCAUUCCCACCCAACUCCAGGAGAAGGGUACUGCAAAAUCCCCAUUCCCUCCCCACUCCUGGAGGAAGGAUAUUGCAAAAUCCCCAUUCCCUCCCCACUCUGGGGCCAGCCAGAGGUAGCAUUUGCCAGUUCUCUGAACUACUCAAAAUUUCUACUACCGGUUCUCCAGAACCUGUCAGAACCUGCUGGAUUUCACCCCUGAUGAGAGGUAUAGAAAAAUUAGUUAACAAUGUCUACAUUAUAUACUGCUCUGGAAACAUUCUAUUAAAAUGUUUUGUGUUAUAUAAUUAUUAAACAAUGUUUUCAAUUAAUAGUUUUACUGAAGUGCAUUAGUAGUGUUUCGGAUAGGUUCAUUUUGAGAAAUGUGAUUGAAAUUGAACAAUUUGGAAUUUGUAACGUUGCUACCAAUAAUAGAGUCACAUUACUUCUGUAUUUUAAACUAAAAAUCUCCUGUUAUUUCCUUAAUUUUGAUAUUUCAAGAAAUAUCCCUUAUUGAAAUUUUAAAAAUUACAAGAUUGGCUAUAGGAUCUAUCUCAUUAACAUGAAUGUGAAUGUUCAUUAUGUGAUAGUCAGCUUCAGGCAUCACAAUAAUGCUUUAUUCCUUACAAAGCUUAGAAUUACAGCUAAAUAUAAUGCUUGCACUGACUUCAUAUGUUCACAAUGUUUUUUACUAAUCACAAUACUGUAAGUAAAAUUUUACUUUGUGUGAACUGUCAUAUCAAAUAUUUUAAAAUAUUUGCAACAGCAGACAGUACUUUGAUUACCUGCAUGUUUUCUUAAUAUAAACAUUUAUAGGUUGGGAUCAGGAAGUGCAUGUGAGAUUCCAUCUCUAUAUAACGAGGUGGGGGAGCUCUUUGAGUGAUAUGAGAUGUAUUAUAGAAGGCUGCAAGGCAAAGGAUAAUGAGAUAAAGAAGAUAAGCAUGUCUGGACAGCCUGUCUUUUUGCGUAAGAAUUCUUGUCUCCAGAAUUAAAAGAAGUCAUUCCAAAUGUUGAGAAUAUAUUUAACAAGGAUUUGUUAUUCCUUCAUUGUAAUUUGUUGAAAUGAAAAAUCGCCUUCUUAAGACUUGUAGGUUUAUCUAUCCUUACAUGAAAAUUAAGAUUUGACUUUUUAUUUCCUUAAAUCUUAUUAUUUGUACCUUUGGAACAAAUAAAAUUAAAAUACUUUAACAUGU